AUGGGUCAUUAUGCCUUUGUUGGAGGUGUCAACAAACGACUUAACCAGCUUUACAAGGAAUAUGGCCCUACAGUCAAGGAUCCUCCCUCUGUUAUUGAAAACGUAGAGAAUGAAUGCCCAUGGGAUGAACGCACAUGCUCAGCUGCGGCUGAAGAAGGAAAUUUGGAAUUGCUGAAAUGGGCUCGCGCGCAGGGAUGCCCUUGGAAUGAUACUACUUGCAAAUCUGCUGCGGGACAUGGUCGCUUAGAACUUCUGAAAUGGGCUCGAGAGAAUGGAUGCCCUUGGGAUGAAGACACAUGCUUAGAGGCAGCGGUGAACUGUCAAUGGGAAAUCCUGAAAUGGGCCCGUGCGCAGGGAUGCCCAUGGGAUAGAGCGGAAAUUGAAGAUUUGACGUAUGCCUUUGAGGAGAUUCGGCAGAUCGCUCGUGAGAAUGGCGAGGAGUCAGAGGACGACGAGGGCAUUUAUUUUAAAUUGUGAGGCUCAUGAGAAUGCCGACCAAUGUCGUGUGCUGGGUUUGCUCUGCGAUCUUGGCAUGAAAUUCACAAAAAUGUCAUUUAAGAUUGUUCGAAGGUGGUUGCGCGAUGAGAAGAGAUGCGACUGGGACAAGUGAACAUUGCCAAUGUUGUCGAAGCUCUUCGAAUAGUACAGUGUUCGAAACUAUCCUAUCGCCGGACACUUUAUGUUUUCUACAUACAUGCAUACAUGGCUGUCUGCGCUUAUCCAAAAGCUAAAAUGUGUAGACAAUGUUUA